CUUCCCAGGAUGCAGUGCGCGUCCCAGUGCUCUGACCUUCUAACCCAGAAUCCUGUGCGUGCUGUCCUAUUGCGGAAGUAACCAUGGCCGGGGAGUACCUGGCAGGGCAGCCGCUGCUUACAGCGCUGCAGAAAGAGAAACCCGGACUGAAAGACGAGUCCAGGGCACUGGCCGAGAAAGCCCUGACCCAUGGCCCCGGUGCUAUAGUGCCUUUCAGUGUAGUGCGGGAACUGCACCAAAUCCUGAGGGAGAAAGAUUCUUCACAAUAUCUCCAUGAGCUACUUGAAGGUAGUAUAAUCCACCUGCCUGCCGUAGAAAUACCUAAACGGAACCCAGAACUUGUGGCACGCUUGGAAAAGAUCAAAGCAAAGUUAGCAAAUGAAGAUUACAGACGGAUCACAAAGAAUGUCAGCUGUCAGACAGGCAGAAAUGGGACACUGGCUGAAUUCAGCAAGCAAGUUCGACCUGUGAAGACAAUGGUGAUAACAGUGUUCAACUUCUUCAUCACAAUUGCUGCUGCUUUUGCUUGCACGUAUAUUGGCAGCCAGUAUUUGUUCACAGACACUGCUGCGCGGGUUCUCAGCUCUGUAAUUGUGGCAUCCUUGGUGGGCUUGGCAGAACUGUAUGUUCUGGUCCGAACAAUGGAAGGACAACUUGGAGAACUGUAGCCAAUGGCAUACGACACCACUAGAAGCAAACCUGGUCUGUUCUGAGCUGGACUCGAAGAAAUAUCUUCAGGAUAGGGAAAUAAUGUUUGUUUAUUGAAAAUACAUUUCUCCUGUAACUUUCCUACAUUCCAGCAUUGCUUAUACCAUAUCUACUACUUAUAUUAAUAUAUUUUAUUGGGUAAAAAAAUAUUUUAUCUGUUGGCUUCCAUUACUUUGAGGAUUUUUUUUCCUCCCAAAAACAUACUUCGACUUCGUCACCAUUCCCACCACGAUAUAGCAAAGAAGUCCUCUCUCUGUAGCCAUCCACUUACCCAAUCCUUCUGGGCAAACUAGCAGUCCCCUUUAUCGGAGCGCAGGGGUUUGACAUUAGGUGAGAGGAAUGCCAGGUGGAAUAAAGUGUGGACUCCACAGGGAUCCCUUAUAGUAAAGUCCUUAGUGCAGUGAGUAACGUCUGAGGAAUCCUUUCUAAACCUAUCUGCUGCUGUAGGCUCCUGUUGCCAAGUUUAGAGAGCAGUGCUUUCAUAACAAAUUCUUUUUUUACCUUAGAAAUACAUUCGUUUUGUUGCCAUUGCUGGUUUUCUUUAACUUGCUCCAGCCUUCAGAAAUAUGAGAAUUUGAGAAAUCAAAGCAAUAAAAAUUAGAAACUAGUAAGCCUCUUCUACCUUACAAAUUAAUUCACUAUAAGGUUUCAUGCAAUUAUUUGUGCAGAAGAAUCAAGGUUUUAUCUGUGAAUUCAUAUGAGGAUCUUUAACUUUUAGCCUAGCCUGUGCAGUAGAUGAGUGUUCUAAGAUGUAAUGAUGUACAAUUCUACAUAUUGAUACAUGUGCAGUAUCUCCAUUCAUGCUUCCCUGCAGAAUAUUGUUACAGCAACUAAACUGGGCAGGAAUUUAAACCCAUUUUAGUAAUGAUCAUUUUCACUUUCUUGUGCAUAAUUUUCUCGUUGCUGAAUUUUCCAUAUUAAUGAUUGUUCCUUGACUUUUACACUUCAUUUACAUUUUUGUUUGAUUAAUUGUAUUGUUUUGCUUUUGCAGAUUUCCUUUAUUUAAAGUUUUCAAAACCUGUAAUACUUAUUUUAAAAUUUACCUGAA